AUGUGUAAAGGUCGUCACAACAGCCUUUUGCAUUUUUCUGACACUACCAAAGACAGUCAAGAAAAAGAGAAAUCAAAUUCGGAAAGUAUAGUUUGUUCCGCACAAAAUUCAAUUUUUAAUAAUCAGGUUUUGUUAUCAAGAGUUACCGUUCGUAUAUUUGAUAAUAAUAACAGAAUGCAUAUAGCACGAGCUUUACUAGAUUCAGGGAGUCAAAAUAGCUUUAUUACUACCAGUUUCGCAAAAAGAUUAAAUCUAGAUUUAUCUCAUAUUGAUAUAAAGGUUUGUGGUUUAAAUCAAGCCGAUACCGAAGUUUCAUGUCUAGUAGUGCCUCAGAUUGCUGGUACAUUACCCAACUUUCCUGAUGAUUACAAUCCUUUGCAAAUUCCUGGCCAUUUACAACUGGCAGAUCCAGACUUUUGUAAGGCAGAGAAAAUAGAUAUUCUUUUAGGCGCUGGCGCUGAUCAUUUUUGGCAUCUCAUAUGUGUAGGGCAAGAGAUCGAGGAAGUUUCUACUUCAAGGCCAUUGUCCCAAGAAGAAAACAUUUGUGAAUCACAUUUUGUAGAAACGGUUUGUCGAACCGACUCCGGUCAAUUUAUUGUGACCAUUCCUUUGAAGGAGAAUCCUGAGGUUCUUGGAGAUUCGUAUUACAACGCGAAAAAGCGACUUUUAUCUUUAGAGCGUAAAUUUAAACGUAACCCGGAGUUUAAAAAAGAUUAUGUCAAAUUUAUAAACGAAUAUCUCGCGCUGGGGCACAUGUCAAAGGUCGGUAAUGAAGAUUCGAGAAAGUCAUAUUUUCUACCUCAUCAUGGUGGUAUCAUAGCUUACCACCAAGCUACGCGUAGUCUUUGA